GGUUCUCAUCGUUGUCGUGCAGAUAAUGCUCUAGUGUUGAGAACGGGGGAAAUUUCGCAAAAUGAGGAGCCAGCGCGGACUAUGGACGACCAUGCUACUGCUGACGACGCUACUAACCACACACGCCACGGACGAAACAAACGAAAGCUACAAGACAAUUAACGGACGCCCAGGAACAACAAUAGACGAUCGGAAUAUUCUCACGUACCGCAAAAUAUUGGCAAACAGCGAGGGAAGAGCGACAGAUGUGAAUACGCCGACAAUUAAGGAAAACGAAAGUGCGACGCAAUCAUUAAACGAACAAAAGAACGACGAUUAUUUUAAAGUGAACAGUACCCACGGUAGUGAAAGAGAAAAUGCUGAAGCGACUGCUGAUGAUGGAUCAGAUAAAAAUAGAAACGCUUCUAGAAACUCUAAAGAAACUGGUACAGAUCUAAGACAACAACGCAACGAUGACAAAGAAAUCACCAGCGAUGAUCUAGAUCAAAGCCGAAAUAGGACGAAUGGUACUAACGACUCCAAUCGUGAGCAGAAAAUAUUUGGGAUAAACAACAAUUUGGGAUUCGUGGAAGAGAUACAUGUUUUCCAUGAAGAGGGAGAGAACGAGGAGAUAGUAGUGGAAAUUAUAGAUGAAGAUACUGAUGAUGACAAAGCUAGGGUCACCCACAUUCAUUUGGAAGAAAAGGAACUGGACAAUGCCGUGGAAUUUGGGAUGCAAUCUGUGGAGGAUUUGAUCAGGGUGAAGGAACCAUUGUGGUACAACAUGGGCCUAUUCCUGGACAAAGCCGAUCCCGCCAGCAAAGUUGCAGCUUUUGGAAAACCCAUAAACGAUUUCGCCUUGGAAGUCUCAAAAUACGGAUUCCUAACCUUAGAAGCCAGCAAAAAAAUGGCGGAAUCAUUUCCCGAAAAUGUCAGUCGACAAGCGGCAGGAUUUCCAGGCUCGUUCCAUCCCAGGCAGCUGCGGGACGGUUGCCCCCUCAAGGGCACCCCCAGAUGUCCUCCAGCUUCCAGGAGGUACAGGACAGCAGACGGUACUUGCAACAACCUAGACAACCCUUGGAAGGGAUCUGCCAUGCUCCCCAUGCAGAGAUUCCUUCCACCGGCUUACGAAGAUGGUAUUCAAAGCAUAAGACGCUCCAUCCUAGGCCCUCGCCUACCCUCCGCUCGGGAAGUCAGCGUCCAAAUCCAUGGAGAUAGAGACAAGGAACUUCCCACUGUGACCUUGAUGCUGAUGCAAUGGGGGCAGUUCAUAGACCACGACGUGACGUCGGUGGUGAAGUCCAGGAGUUUCAACGGGUCCAUACCACGGUGUUGCGACCGUGGGGGUAGAGCGGUACUACCCCAAGAGUUCAUGCAUCCGGCCUGCCUGCCUAUAGAAGUGCCGAUCGACGACUGGUUUCUAGGGACUUUCGGGGUGAGAUGCAUGGAAUUCAUUCGAAGUGCUCCCUCGACAAGGGUGAACUGCGAUUUGGGGUGGCGCGAACAGAUAAAUCAAGUAACUGCCUUUAUAGACGCCUCCACGAUUUAUGGCAGCGAUAUUGAAACGUCGGACUCCAUGAGAACCUUCAGGAAUGGUAGAAUAAUCUACGGCAGAUCGCGUCGUCAGGGACCCCUUCAGCCCCCGGAUCCUCCAGGGGGCGAGCUCUGCAGAUCGGGCGCCCUCACAACCGAUUGCUUCCACUCGGGAGACGGCCGUGUAUCGGAACAACCAGGCCUAACCGCCAUGCAUACCAUCUGGGUCCGGUUCCACAACAAAGUGACCACCGUACUGUCCAAAUUCAAUCCCCACUGGAGCGACGAGAAGCUCUACCAAGAAACCAGGAAGAUCGUUUACGCCCUCGUGCAGCACAUCACUUACAGGGAGUUCCUGCCCAUAGUACUGGGUCCGGAAGUGAUGGAUCUGUUCGAACUGCGGUUGGUACGGAAGGGGUAUUAUACCCAGUACGACAGCAAAGUCAAUCCAACGAUUGCUAACUCCUUCAGUACUGCCGCUUACAGAUUCGGCCACAGUAUGGUGCAGAACUCAUUCGUUAGGACAGACCACAAGCACAGGCCUCUUUUUAACAACGUUUCGCUUCAUGAAGAACUCAACAACUUUGAGAACAUUUGGAGCUUCGGCUCUGUUGACAGACUUCUGCUGGGCUUUGCCAACCAACCCGCCCAAAGACGGGACGAAUUCAUUUGCGACGAACUUUCAAACCAUCUCUUCCAGUCUCCCAAUUCACCUUUUGGUUUGGAUCUGGCUGCGAUCAACAUACAAAGAGGAAGAGACCACGGCAUCCCAUCCUAUACCUCUUGGAGAGAACCCUGCGGCUUGUCUCCUAUUAAAACUUGGCAGGACCUGAAGGGAAUAUUCAACCCUAACAGUAUCGAUAGAUUCAGAUCGGUAUACCACCACGUGGACGACAUAGAUCUAUUCAGCGGUGGUUUGGCAGAGAAACCUGUAAGAGGAGGAGUGGUAGGACCUACAUUUGCUUGCAUAAUAGCUCAACAGUUUCUAAAUUUAAGAAAAGGCGACAGGUUCUGGUACGAAAAUGGAGGAUUUGAUUCCUCCUUCACCCCUGCACAGCUUCAACAGAUCAGACACGUGACUCUAGCUCAAAUCCUAUGCUACACCACGGAUGAAAUAGAAACCAUUCAACCAUUUGUUUUCCUAUCACCCGACACGUUUAGGAAUGUUAGAUUAUCUUGCAGCAGCCCGCUGAUUGACAAUUUUGACCUCUCUGCUUGGGAGGAACGAGAGUUUAACGAAUUUGACGGCAUCAACAACAACAUUGACUUUAAAAGAGAACUUAAAUUCCCGUUGCGACGUACGAAACGAUCUAAGACAAAAACGACUACCAAACGACCCAAAACCAAGAAUAGAACAAAGACUAGUACAAAGAGAAAAACUGCUAACUCUGGCUUUAGAGUGAGAAUUACAAAUGUAACAACCAGUUCGGUUAAACUAGGAGACAAUUACGGAGGAGGUAGUGGUGUUACAGCCAAUACAGUACCACCUAGACCAGUUUAUAGACCACAGAGUUACCAAUCGGACAAAGACAAUACAGAAGUGACUUACCUGACUGGAGUUGUUCCUACCAAGACUCCCCAAAAACCACCUCUAGAGGUUAACAUCAAAAUCCAAUACUACUUACCAACGACGCAGACAACUACCACGACUAGACCCACUAGAAAAAAGAAGAAGAACCCGACUAGAAAGCCUACUUACUCACAGACAGUAGUUAUAACUCAAAGACCUCCGAACAAGAACCCACAAAUCAGUUAUCCCAGCAUUGUGCAAGGGUACAAUGAUUUUGCCGUAAGACCUAACGACCUUUUCGAGAAACCUACUAAUGUACCUAGACCUAUAAACAUCGACAACAAACCUGGCUACACUUUUACAGACACUAAAAGACCUAUUCACGUCUACGACAAACCAACUAUCGUCGAAGACAACUACGAUAACUAUAGACCUAGCAACAGACCUGGAAUCUACACAUACAAUGAACCGACGACGAAAAAGCCUUACAGUGCCAGACCACAGACUUCCUACCAAAACUCGUACGACCAAACUGUUUACGAAGACCUACCCUUUUCGACUUCCCAAAGACCGUAUUAUUACGACACUUACCCGACUAGAAGACCCAGUUUCAGACCUCAACAAAACGGAUAUAACGAUGAAAUUUACGACAACAUUAAAAGACCUAAUAACUAUGAUAAACCUCAACAAAACGGACACGAUGACGAAAUAUACUACUUCAAUAAAAGACCUAGUAACUAUGACAAACCCCAACAAAACGGAUACAACAGCGAAAUAUAUGACUACAAUAAAAGACCUAGUAGCUAUGAUAAAUUUGACCCUAUAAACGACGUGUACGAACAAGUAUUCAACGAACACGACAGGAUCGGAGACGUGCCCAAGAAACCGACUUUUGGACAAAGCGACUUCACUGACUCGACCAGAUUCCCUGACAGGGUAAAUAAACCCACCAAGAUAUACUCUAUAGCUCACAUACACAAACUAGACAACGACCAAAUCGACGACAAACUCGACUUCAAGACCAGACUUGUAACAAAACCUAAAGGUUACGAUGAAUACGACGACAGGCGCUUUAUUAAGAUUUCUUCCGUAAAAGCAGGAAUGACGCUGACCGACAAAGACUUAGAAUCCUACACCCUUCAGGAAAGAGAUGGAGAGAUGGACCUGAAAGAACUGGGAGGAAAGGAAGACAAAAUCAAAGUCGUAGACAUCGCCGUUGCUCCUAGUGAGAUAGAGGAUGAUCAGUGGUUGGUUUACAACGCCACGGAUGAGAUAAUGCCCAUGCUACUGGUACCUGACAUUAACAAAAAUAUUUCCUGCUCCAGUGAGUUACCAAGGCCUAUGAAGAGACCUAAGGCUUCCCAAAAACUGAACAUCAAAGACAGCCGAACUCUCUAAGCUUUACCUGAGUGACUAUGACUAUACAUAUUAAAAAAACAACAAUAUGCAAAUACUGGCGUAAUUUUACAGACAGAUACGAUUUAUAGAAUAUAAAUUGAAUGACUUCAAAAACUAGGAUCUACAAAACGCAAACAUAACUGUUUCCUGCUUUAAAAUAACAGAGACAUCUAAAAAUUGACGAGAAAAAGACUUAUACAAACAUUCCCCAAAUUUACAAUAAUUUUACCAUGUUUAUAAAAAGGACUGUUAAAGACGUACGGACACUGUACAGAUAAACCUCAAGAUAUCCUCACAACCACUAAAAACUGUUAAGGACAAAUUGAUAAUAAUUUUACCAUGAUAUUAUUUGCCAAAAGGACUGUAAAGAUUUAUAGACAGACAAAAAUAGACCUCAACAUGUCCUGAAAACAAUUAAUAACUAUCCACUACUCGCAAGAACAAAUUGAUAAUUAUUUCCCAGUGACAUUAUUUUUAAAAAGGACUGUUUAAAUAGACAGAGUAUAAAUAGACCGCAAAAUAACUGAAAACUUUGUUCAAUAUUCGACAAGGACAAACUGACAAUUUGAGUAAUAUUAUUAGUGAAAAGGACUGUUAAAGACUUACAGAGUACAAAUAUGUCUCAAAAUGUCAUUAAAUUAUUAAAAUAACUGAAAACUGAUGGACAAUUUGACAAUCAUUUUAUUAGACUGAUAUUCUUUGUGAAAAGGACUGUUGAAGACUUACACUACUACUACAAAUACACCUCAAAAUAACUGAAAACUCGGUUAGAUAUUCAUUGACAAAUUGACAAACAUUUCACCAAUUAUUUGUAAAAAGGACUGUUAAAGACGUGUUAGCGAAUUCAACUGAACUCGAGAUAUCCUCAAAAUAACUGACAACUUUUCAAUUUUGAACAAGGACAAAUUGAUAAUCGCUUUACGAGAGUGAAAAAAGACUUGUGAAAAGGACAGAUACAAAUCGACUUAUUGUAAAAUAAACUGUAUAGACAUACAAAUGUACGUAAAUUAUCCUAGAAAAUAAUAGAAAUCUUUUCAGUAUUAACCCAAGACAAAUUGACAAUAAUUUUACCAAUAGUGAUAUUAUAUGUAAAAAGGACUGUUAAAACAACAACAACAAAUGAACACAAGAUAUCUUGAAAAUAAUUAAAAUCUGUUCAAUAUUCAACAUUUCAACAAAGACAAUUUGACAAUAAAUUUACCAAUAGUGAUUAUAAUUUGUGAAAAAGACUGUCAAGGACGCACAAACAGAUACAGACGGAGAUAAACUGAAAAUAAUUCAAAACUUUCUGUUCGACAAGGACAAAAUGACAACCACUUUACUAGAAUGAUUUUAUUUGUGAAAAGGACUGUUAAGGACGUGUAGACAGAUACAAUGAACUAUUCUGAAAAUAACUGAAAUUUGUUCAGUAUUCAACAAUGACAACAUGACAAUAAAUUUAUUAAUAAUGAUAUUAAUAUGUAAAAAAGGACUGUUAGAGAUGCAUAGACAGAUACAAACGGACUUAAGACAUCCCGAAAAUAUUUCAAGACUAUUCAGUAUUAGACAAGGACAAAAUAACAAUCAUUUUACUAAAGUGAUAUUAUUUACAAAAAGGACUGUUAAGGACGUAUAAAGGUAUACAAUUUGACUCAAGAUAUUCUGAAACAAUUGAAUACUGUUCAGUAUUCCACAAGAACAAAUUGAUAAUAAUUUUACCAAUAGUGAUAUUAUUUGUGAAAAAGACUGAGACAGAUAAAAAAUAAAACUCAAGAUAUCUUCAAAAACAAACUGAAAACUGUUCAGUAUUCGACAAGGACAAACUGACAAUCAAUUUACCAGAGUGAUAUUAUUGGUAAAAAGGACUUUAAAUUUACCAAACGUGGACUGUAAAUAAAUUGGUAACCUUACGAAAAUAGACUUACAUAAAAAAACAAUAACUGAGUAACUAAAUACGAAUCUGAUAACGUAAUGACUAAAAUACCGACAUACUAUUGCACAGAAACAUACUGUAAAACUGACUUAUAAUAUGACUUUUUAGACGACUUUGAGAAUACUGUCAAACUGACUGUUACUGACAUCUGGAGGUGCUUUGAAACAACUACCCAGACUUAAAGAAAACAAAACACGACAUUUAUUAUAUCAAAAUG